ACUUCCCCUGCAUUUGACAGAAAGUGUGAUGACAGAGCUUACAGAUAGAUUUAAUUAUGUUUACAGUUGUGAUCUUGAUGUCAACGUUCAGAUCAAAAUUGGUACACUGGAAGGAGAGAGACAGAGACCAAGUUACCAAGAACUUCUGAAUGAUCCAAUGUUAAAGUUCUCUGGUGCUUACCAGGAAGGUCAUUCUGACCUUUAUGUGACCUGUAGGAUUUACUCAGAUGGGCGACCUUUGUCACUGGCCGUUAGCACAUCAUACAAAGCUUUUAGUACCAGGUGGAAUUGGAAUGAGUGGAUCACACUGCCAUUGAAGUUUAGCGACUUACCAAGGAAUGCUAUGAUGGCUAUGACAAUAUGGGACAUCUAUGGUACAAACAAAGCUAUACCGGUAGGGGGAACAGCCAUCAGUCUGUUUGGAAAAAGAGGAACUUUUAGAAAGGGUAUGAUAGAUUUAAAAGUAUGGCCAAAUGUAGAAGCUGAUCCACAGAACCAUUCUACCACUCCUGGUAAUACCAAGGAUACAAAUGAUCAAAUGAGUCGUCUGGCAAAGUUAAGUAAGAAACACAGAGAUGGACACAUGGUGAAAGUUGAUUGGUUGGAUAGACUUACAUUUCGUGAAAUAGAACUGAUCAACGAGAAGCAGAAACGGGACUCUAACUUUAUGUAUCUGAUGAUAGAGUUUCCAUAUGUCCAUUACAAUGAUCUGCAGUAUACUGUGAUCUACUUUGAGAAGGGUGGUGAUGAACCUUACCAGUAUCGUACUCAGGCAGAAAUAGUUUGUGUUCCUGAUCCUGAAAUUUUGACGGAAAACUUGGUGGAAAGCAAGCAUCACAAACUAGCUAGAAGUCUUCAUAGUGGUCCAACUGAUAGGGACAUGAAACCUGACGCUAAGACUAGGGAUCAGUUAAAUGCUAUUGUUGGUUUUCCACCAACCAAAAUGUUGACAUCAGAAGAGCAGGAUUUGGUUUGGAAGUUUAGAUUCUAUCUAUCUAGUCAGAAAAAGGCACUGACGAAAUUUUUGAAAUGUGUGAACUGGAAGAUGCCUCAGGAAGCGAAACAAGCUAUUGAACUUAUGAGUCGCUGGAGUCCAAUGGAUGCUGAUGAUGCUUUAGAACUUCUAUCUCCAGCUUUUACACAUCCAACUGUAAGGAAAUAUGCUGUGUCUAGACUACGCCAGUCUGAUGAUGAGGACUUAUUUUUAUAUUUGUUUCAACUGGUACAAGCUUUGAGAUAUGAGGACUUUGAGAAGAUAAAACAUGACACUGACCAGAUAACAACAAGGAGAGAGUCCAUUUGUGAUACAUCUGAUAGGGACAGGACACACACGAUGCUUACAAGAGCAGGGUCACAUGAUUCUAUAAUUGAUGCACUAGGAGGGGUAUCACCUAAACAAGAAGAAAGCCCUGAGAUCAAGUUAUCAAAAGAGAGUGACCUUGCAUCAUUCCUCAUAGAAAGAGCCUGUGAUAAUUCCAUAUUAGCUAACUACUUUUAUUGGUAUGUUUCUGUGGAAUGUGAAAACGAUGAAUCAACUGCUAAAGAACAGAGAGUUAAUGAAAUGUAUUUAUGUAUCAUGAAAAGAUUUAGCCAGGCUUUAGUUAAGGGUGGCCAGGAAUGCCGUUUAAAGAGAGCUACUCUGGCGAGACAACAAAUGUUUAUAGAAAGACUAGUCAGCAUGGUAAAGGCUGUGACCAGAGAAAGUGGGAAUAGGAAGAAAAAGAUAGAAAGACUUCGAGCCUUACUGCAAGAUCCUGAGGUGACCAAAAUAAACUUUGCCAGUUUUGAUGACUUGCCUCUACCCUUAGAUCCUAAUGUUAAAGUGAAUGGUAUCUGUGUUGAAAAAGCUACAUUAUUAAAGAGUGCUUUGAUGCCGUGUAGACUGACUUUUAAAACAAGUACAGGUAGUGAAUAUGUGACGAUGUUUAAACAUGGUGAUGAUUUACGUCAGGAUCAACUUAUACUACAGAUAAUAACUCUGAUGGAUAAGCUACUUCAGACAGAAAAUUUAGACUUAAAACUAACGCCAUAUAAAGUAUUAGCAACAAGCAGCAAACAUGGUUUUGUUCAGAUGAUUGAAGAAUGCCUACCUUUAGCAGAACUAUUAGCAACAGAUGGGACUUUACAUAAUUUUCUAAAGAAGCAUGCUCCAAUGGAAGGAGCAGCCUAUGGUAUCUCACCAGAGGUCAUUGACAACUAUAUUAAAAGUUGUGCUGGUUACUGUGUAGUGACAUAUUUACUAGGUGUUGGUGACAGACAUUUAGAUAAUUUACUUCUGACAAAAAAUGGAAAAUUAUUCCAUGUUGAUUUUGGUUAUAUACUUGGACGUGAUCCAAAGGUUCUUCCACCACCAAUGCGACUAAGCAGAGAAAUGGUAGAUGCCAUGGGAGGAACAAAUUCUGAUCAUUUCCAUGACUUCAAGAAACACUGUUACACUUCAUUUCUUGCACUAAGAAGGUCUGCCAAUUUGAUAUUGAACUUGUUUGCCCUGGUUGUAGAUGCCAGCAUUCCUGAUAUCGCAUUAGAGCCUGAUAAAACUGUGAAAAAGGUACAAGAUAAAUUUGUACUCCAUUUGAAUGAUGAAGAAGCUGUACACUACAUGCAAAAUUUGAUUGAAAUCAGUGUAACUGCUAUGAUGGCUGCUGUGUUUGAGAAUCUGCAUAAAAUGGCCCAGUAUUGGAGGAAAUGAACCAGCAGGUUCUAUGCAAGAACUUUAAUUAAGAGAAGAACUUCAUCAGUUUGCAAUAACCAAACACAUCAAGAUUUUUGUUCUAUUCAUGAAGACAUAUAAUUUUUGUUCUAUGACUGAUGCAUAUAUCCAUAAAGACAAUUAUACAAACUAUUUCAAUGUCAAAUUAUUCAUGGGUAAUGAUUAAUUUAAUUUACUUUAUUUGUUUCUCGUUUUGAUGUGCAAUAUUUUAUAAUUUAAUGCUAUUUCAUAUAUUAAACUAUCAUGUCUCUAA